AUGUGCGGAAUUUUUGGCUACGUGAACUUCUUGGUGGACAAAACGAGAGGUGAGAUUAUGGAGAACCUCCUCGAGGGCCUCUCAAGAUUGGAGUAUAGAGGCUACGACUCAACUGGGUUGGCAGUGGAUGAUGACGACAAAAGCGGCUCAAUUAUUGUCAAGACCCCAGGCAAGGUCAAGGUUUUGAGAGAGGAAAUCGAAAAACAGGACAUCAAAAAGGAUGUUGUCUUUGACAACCAUGUGGGCAUUGCUCACACCAGAUGGGCUACCCACGGCCAACCAGAGUACCUGAACUGCCACCCUCAUCGCUCAGACCCCAGUGGAGAGUUUGUGGUGGUGCACAAUGGUAUCAUCACCAACUACCGUGAGUUGAAGACGUUGUUGUUGAGCAAGGGCUAUAAAUUCGAGUCGGAGACGGACACGGAGUGUAUUGCCAAGUUGUUCAAGCACAUCUACGACUCCAACGCCAAGGCUGGCCACUAUAUGGACUUCAACGAGUUGACCAAGCAAGUCUUGUACGAAUUGGAAGGCUCGUACGGUUUGUUGGUGAAGUCUGUUCACUUCCCUGGCGAGGUGUGUGGUACGAGAAACGGUUCUCCAUUGUUGGUUGGUGUCAAGACAGAGAGAAAGUUGAAAGUUGACUUUGUGGACAUUGAAUUCCCCGAGAACCAGGACAACUUUGUUGCUCCAAAUGUGAAUGGUGAGUCUAACUUGAGAACAUCUCAGUCGAGAGCUUUCUUCAACGAGGAUGGCGUGCCUUCUCCAGUCGAGUUCUUCUUGUCAUCGGACCCAGCUUCCGUCAUUGAGCACACCAAGAAGGUGUUGUUCUUGGAGGACGACGACAUUGCCCACAUUUACGACGGUGAAUUGCACAUUCACCGUGCCAAGAAGUCUACCGCUGGUGAGUCUACCUUUCGUCCUAUCCAGACUUUGGAAAUGGAGUUGAACGAGAUUAUGAAGGGUCCAUACAAGCACUUUAUGCAGAAGGAGAUCUUCGAGCAGCCAGACUCUGCUUUCAACACUAUGAGAGGUAGACUCGAUUUUGUCAGCAACUCUGUCAACUUGGGUGGUCUCAAAUCUUGGUUGCCCACAAUUAGAAGGUGCAGAAGAAUCAUCAUGAUUGCAUGCGGUACUUCAUACCAUUCUUGUUUGGCUACCAGAUCCAUCUUCGAGGAAUUGACUGAUAUCCCAGUAUCUGUGGAGUUGGCCUCUGACUUCUUGGACAGAAAGUCCCCCGUCUUCAGGGAUGACACUUGUGUCUUUGUCUCUCAAUCUGGUGAGACCGCUGACUCUAUGUUGGCCUUGCAAUACUGUUUGGAGAGAGGCGCAUUGACAGUUGGUGUUGUUAACUCUGUUGGCUCCUCCAUGUCGAGACAGACUCAUUGCGGUGUUCACAUCAACGCCGGUCCAGAAAUUGGUGUUGCAUCUACCAAAGCUUACACGUCUCAGUACAUUGCUUUGGUCAUGAUUGCGCUUUCUCUUUCUAACGAUUUCCUUUCCAAGAGAGAACGCCAUGUUGAAAUCAUUCAAGGCUUAAAGAAAAUCCCAGAACAGAUCAAGACCGUUUUGCAACUAGAGGACAAGAUAAAGAGCUUAUGCAAUGAGUUCUUGAACGAGCAAAAAUCGUUGUUGUUGUUGGGCAGAGGCUUCCAGUUCGCCACUGCUUUGGAGGGUGCCUUGAAGAUCAAGGAAAUCUCCUACAUGCAUUCUGAGGGUGUUCUUGCCGGUGAGUUGAAGCACGGUGUCUUGGCAUUGGUUGAUGGGGACUUGCCCAUUAUUGCUUUGGCCACUAGGGACUCUCUUUUCCCUAAGGUCAUGUCUGCACUCGAGCAGGUCACUGCCAGAUCUGGUAGACCAAUUGUCAUUUGCAACGAAGGAGAUGAUUUGUUGAAGGACAAGGCUUACGCCACAUUGCAUGUUCCAUUGACUGUGGACUGUUUACAGGGAUUGUUGAACGUUAUACCAUUGCAGUUAAUGAGUUACUGGUUGGCAGUGAACAGGGGUAUUGAUGUGGACUUCCCAAGAAACUUGGCCAAGUCUGUCACCGUGGAGUAG